AUGGGUGAUUCGGAAAACCCCCUCCUCAAUGAAUUCUGGGCCUCGCAGUCAACUCCUCCUGAGCCGGCCCCCAUCGCUGACCAAUGCUUGAAACCGACUCUUAAUGAUUGCACAAGCUUCAAUCGGAACAGAAUUGCCGACUAUGGAAUUCAGACAUUUCAUGAUGCUAAACGUGUUGCUGGAUCUGCAAAGGUAUCAGAGUUGAGCAACAAGAACAGAACAUCCAAUACUCUUAUGAGCUCUGAGCAGGAAAUUGACUGCGCCGGGGCUUCCAUGAAGCUUGUAUCUGGAUUUCUUAAGCAGAAGCAAUUCGAGGAGGACAUUCAAUGCAGUGCUCUUGAGUAUCAAUGGCAAGGCACUUCCACUCAACUCUACACAACCUCCAUGUGCCUUGGCUUUAUACUCUUCUCCAAGCUAAAAGCAAAGUACUGGGGAAAUUGCUUAGUUCCUCCAACUUCUUCAAAAUGUCCACAAAAAAGUAUUCAAACUUUGGCUAUGCAUGAAAAUCAACCACCAAGGGUGCAAAGAGCACCAUUUGGUUCACGGUGGGUGUUCAUAUCCCACUCUGAAUGCGAAGAAGUUCAACACCUCAGCUGGUUUCUUUUGGCGAAGCAACGUGAACGGCGUGAUCGAUCUGGGCCUUCUUCGCCUGCGGCCGUCAAAAUUGACACCGCAACAACCGCCGCCGUCGAAAUUAAUACCGAAACAGCAGCCGUCAAUUGCGCCGCAACAGCCGCCGCCGUUGAAAUUGAUGCAACAGCCUCCGCCGCAGAUGCCGACGCUGUGUUUGACGCAAAAAUCGCAGUCGCAGAACACGCCUACCGGCUCGCGCUCACCGGCAUUCUUUCUCAGCAUCCUGUGCUUGCCAACGUGGGCGGUCGUCUGAUCGACCUAGAGGUAAAGGCUAAAAUUCAAGUCGCGAGGCGGAGAGCAUUCACCCAUGGCCGUGGAUUCAUCAAAAGCCUGUAUGCAGCUGUGGACAAUGGUUUUGUGAAGCUUUCUAAGCUUGAAUACAGACACGAUCGUUUCAAAAUGGGUCGAACAGAUUUGCUUGGAACAAUUGUUCGAGAAAGGAAUCAAGAACCAGAAAUCAAAUCACUGCAGGAAAAGGUUGGCGUUAUUGAAGAGAAGAUUAAUCAAAUUGAUGGGAAGAUGGAUGAUUUUUCAGACAAGUUGGAGGGCGUGAUAAGAAGCUUUGAAGGGGAAAAUAAUGAUAAAUGUUCUGCAUUUUGA